AUGAAUCAUAGUCAGGAUCUGCUCCUUAAUAGUGGUUAUAGGAUUCCGCAACUCGGAUUCGGAACUUUUUGGGCACCCCGAGAUGUCGUGGCUGCUGCGGUUGAAUCAGCACUCAACGUUGGAUAUCGUCACAUUGAUUGUGCCAUGAUCUACGGCAAUGAGAAGGAAGUUGGAGAAGGCAUAGCAUCUUCCAUGAAAAAGCUUAAUUUAAAGCGUGAGGAUAUCUUUGUCACCUCAAAGCUUUGGUGUGACAAGCAUGCACCAGAAGAUGUUCGCAAAGCGUGUGAACAGUCGAUCAAAAAUUUUGGCCUUCAGUAUUUGGAUCUUUACCUAAUACAUUUUCCUGGAUCUAUCAAAUACAAGGAAGGCGUGCCUUUUGACCAUAACGACCCAAACUCAUUUGAAUUAGAAUAUCAUAAAAUUGAGGAUACGUGGAAGGCAAUGGAGGAGUUGGUAACGGUUGGGCUUGUCAAGUCGAUCGGAGUGUCCAACUUCAACAAGAGACAGUUGGAGCGCAUAUUGGCGUCGUGCACGAUUCCACCGGCAGUGAACCAAGUAGAAGUCAAUAUCCACUGUCCUAAUAAAAAGCUAAUUGCGUUUUGCCACUCAAAGAAUAUUGUGGUAGAGGGUUAUUCACCCCUUGGCUCGCCAGGUUUUAUGCGGGAGAAAGUAAAACCGUUAGUGGAGGAUAAGAAGGCAGUGGAAAUCGCACACAAGCACAAGAAAACACCCGCACAAGUGCUUCUACGCCAUGGUUUGCAGAGAGACAUCGUUGUCCUUGUGAAAAGCGUCACUCCUGAACACAUAAGGUCGAAUUUCGAUGUGUUUGAUUUCGAGCUGAGUGAUGCAGAAAUGGAGGAACUUAACACCAUCGAGUCGAGUGGGCGUAUAAUUUGGUGGCCUUGGAUUUCAAAGCAUCCGGAAUAUCCGUUUCGCGAUGAAUACUAA